UAAAAUCUGAGCUGUUUCCCUCUUUUCAGUUGUUCUGGGAAAUCAGCUCCAAGGCAGGAAUGCAAUGUCAGAAGCAGAGAAGAAGCAAUCAGAGUCAGACAUGUGUGCUGAGCCUGUGGGUAAUCAGCUGAAAGCAGAUACUACAGACCAGACACCAGGGCAGAUAAAGAAGGUGAUAGAUGCAGAGAAGGAAACUGAGUCAGAUGAGGAUGUGCAAUUGUCUGCAUUCACGAUGUCUGCAUUGCAAGAGUUUGUGUCAGAACAGCUUGAACGGGAGCAGAGGAGGCAACAGGUGGAGAGAUGCACAUUGGAUGCAGGUGCUGAUGAUGACUUUGAAGAGGACUGGCAGCUGAGCCAAUUCUGGUACGACGAGCGCACGUGCCGUGUGCUGGGCGCGGAAGCGAUGCGGUUGGCGGGACCCACCGGCCGCGUGGCCUGCCUCUCGUGUCCCACCCUGUACCGGCAUCUGCGCAAGGUGCGGCCGGCCGGCCUACAGCUGACGCUGCUGGAGUAUGACCAGCGGUUCGGCGUGUUCGGGUCCGACUUCGUCCUCUACGACUACCGGGCGCCGCUGGAGGUGCCACCGGCGCUGCGUGAGCAGUUCGACGUGGUGGUGGCCGACCCGCCGUUCCUCUCGGAGGAAUGCCUCACCAAGACGGCCGUUACCGUCCGCCUACUGGCCAAACACCACCUCCUUCUGUGCACAGGUGCCCAGAUGGGCGAGCUGGCCUCGCGGCUGCUGGGCGUGCACGAAUGCCAGUUCCGCCCCGGCCACACCCACAAUCUGGCCAACGAGUUCCGCUGCUUCGCCAACUACGACCUGGACGCGCACGUCGCCAGCGGAGAGGCGGCUUCGUGACCGGUCCAGCGUCGGCGGCCUCGUGACCGGCCCAGCGCGG